CAUUCAUGUUUUGUAUUUCAACAGAAAGCCUUCAUAGAUAGCUGUGUCUAAGAAUAUUUUCAUCACAUCAAACAAAUGAUAGUUUGAUAAUAGUUUGAUGUUUCCUGAAGUGCUUUUACCGACUCCCUUCGGACGAUAUUUGAAUGGUUCAGUGUACUAAAUCAAUUAGUCGUUGGCUUCGUUUUAAGACACAUCUGUUUCUCGCUUCAUUGUUCCUCAUGUCUUUAUGGAUCAUCGUCACAACGAUUAAAGCACAUUUUCUAACUAAACACUAUGGCUUCGCCCUUGAUGAUUGGGACACAACGUCACGUCGUGGGGAAAGCGUGGUAUAUCAAUCGUGCGCCAACAUCACAGAGUUGGCUAACCAGAACAACUCUUCCAUGCUACUAAAACGUAUCGUUAGCGACUUGAGGACUAAUUCUCCCAUCUUAAGUGUCGACCUUUCAGUGGAGUCGUACGAUGACAUGAAUCAAACCAACAAUGAAACUACAAACUGCGCAUGUCCAGCACUAAGGGCGGAAAUGCAAUCCAAAGAUGAUAUCAUCGAGUUCAUUUCCCAACCAAUCAUCAACGAGCACAACUUUCCAUACAUCUACAAUGCCAGCAACGUUUGCAACGAUUCCGAUACUAUCGAUUUGCUAUUAGUUGUACCUUCGGCUCCAGAUAGUUUCCCAAGACGAUAUCGGAUGAGAAUAAGCAACAUGUAUAAAUACGUCACCGAACCCUCACAAAGAAUGAAGAUUUUAUUCUUUCUUGGCAAAUACCCAAAAGGGCGUGUGGCGUACGGUAUACAGAAGAGGAUAGACAAGGAAUGGAAUCAGUUUCAAGAUAUGGUGCAAGAAGAUUUUGAGGAUGUGUAUAAAAAUAUUCGCCUGAAAGCGGUAUCGAUGCUGAGGUGGGUCCAUACUUUUUGCAGGAACGCGAGAUUUGUCGUUCGGAUCGACGACGACGUCACAAUGCCUUAUACUAAAUUAUUUCCCGUGAUUAACAGGACGAGCCAGAAAUACAAAAACUUCAUUCUCGGAAACCGGAAAGCCGGCUGGGAGCCGCAUCGCUACAAAGGCAGCAAGUACUACUUGCCCGAAGAGGAGUUUCCGGAUCCGGUAUUACCGCCAUUCGCUUUGGGUGAUAUGUUGGCUUACCCCACCAGCACCGUAUCUCUACUUUACCAAGCUGCUCUUCGGGUCAAGCCCAUAUGGCUGGACGAUAUUUACAUUACAGGAAUCUGCGCCCCUAAAGUAGGCGUACCAGUACUAUACGACCCCGUAUUUAAUUUUAAACAUUAACCGUAAGACGUAUUAGUGACCCCGAUAAUUACUUUUAUCAGACAUUUAGACCUGAGUAGCAUAACCAUACAGCUGCUUACCUUAAAAUCGUAAACAUUUUUACAUGAUUAGAUGUGAACUGUUUCAGAGGGGCAUAAACCAAUUGGCUACAUGAGAGUAGCGCGAGUAGUGCAUAGCGGGAAAAAAGCUUCUUAUCUUAUCUUA